UAUUUUGCAGGUAGCGUUGCACGUGGGACAGGCCUUGGCCUUACGAUACAUUCGGUCAGUGGAGACGAUGCUGGCAAGUACCACUGCGUUGUUACUCGAUUCGCCAAACAACCGACCAGACCUGAGACAGGACCGCCCAUACGGCUGAUCGUGAACGCCUCUCCGAUUUUGUUAUCACCAGCCGAUCAUCAAGUAAAUUAUGGCAGCAUUGGCGAUUCUCUAUCGAUAGAGUGCAGAGCGGAUGGGGUUCCACCGCCGGAGAUCACUUGGACCAAGAAUGACAAAAUCGUCAGCACGGGGCCGCAGCUCCAAAUAGACAAGUUAGAGCAACAACAUGAGGGAGUCUACACCUGCCUAGCUGUGAAUGUGGAAGGACGAGCCGCGUCACAUUUCGAGUUAAAGUUCUCAAAAAAACCUUCAUUUGAUUUCGUGCCUUCGAACAAGACCGUCGUCGAGGGUUCAAACGUAUUUUGGCGCUGCCACGUCGAUGCUCCACCCUCUGGCAUACAGUACUCAUGGAUGUUCCGGGACCGACCCAUUAAGACCACGGAGACGGGAUUGCGGUCAGAAAUUAAGGACGGUGACUUAUCCCUGCGUGAUGUGCGGAAGCAUGACGGAGGCUGGUAUGUGUGCAUGGCCUCGAAUCCAUCUGGAGAGCAAUCGCAAGCGUCGGCUUUCCUUGAUGUAUUAUGUGAGUUUUUCUAG